AUGGCUACCCUUCGUUAUCUUGUUCUUUCGCUGUUGCCGUUUUCGGCUUAUGCUCUCCAGGCGCCUGUUGAUACCACAACAUGUGGCGGAAAGACUUUCACUUAUCAGGAGCUGAGUGGGUACGGAUUUGUGCCGAGCGACUUUAGAGACAAGUUCGGGGACACUCUGUCGUUUGGUUCUGGGAUUGCUAUUGAGCGGAGCUCGUGGAGAAAGACCAAUGGGAGUUAUGACGGGAUCUUGUGGAUGCUUCCUGACCGUGGCUGGAAUACCGAAGGCACAACCGCUUACCAGCCCCGAAUCCACAAGUUCAAGAUCUCUUUCAACCCUGAGAUAGCUACUACCCCCUCUCCUCCCAACCUUCACUUUAGCUACCUCGACUCAAUCCUCUUCACCGAUCCCUCGGGUAACCCACUCGCCGGACUCGACCCCACUACCUCACUUCCCUUCUCCAACUUUCCAAACCUUCCCGCGAGUAACUUUACCGGUAACGGAUUUGGCGAUGCUGGCCCAGGCGGCGUGAGAGUCUCCCUGGAUCCCGAGGCGGUAGUCCUUGGUAACAAAGGUUUUUGGAUCAGUGAUGAGUAUGGCCCGUUCAUAUAUCACUUCGACGAAUCCGGGAAGAUGACCCAGGCUAUUAAGCCCCCGGCUGCACUUAUCCCCAUGAGAAACGGCGUUGAAGACUUCUCAUCCGACAACCCGCCCAGAUACGACCAGACUCUUUCCCCGAGCCCGAUUGAUCCAACUUCUGGGCGAUCAAACAACCAGGGUUUUGAGGGAUUGACGGUCUCCGGAGAUGGCAAGAACUUGUUCGCUUUGCUUCAGUCCGCAACAGUGCAGGAUGGCGGAUUGGAGAAGACUAGUAAUAGAUACGCGCGGAUGCUAAAGUACGAUAUCUCAGAGGACGACAAGCCGAGAUACGCCAAGGAGUUUGUCGUUCCACUGCCGGGGUACACCGAUCCUUCAAAGAAGAAAAACCCUCGCACAGCUGCCCAAUCCGAGAUCUUCGCUGUUGGCAGGAAUCAGUUCUUCAUCCUUUCCCGCGACAGCGGAUACGGCCACGGUGCCGAUGGAACCGAAUCUCUCUACCGUCAAAUCGACGUGUUUGACAUCACAAAUGCUACUAGCAUCAAGGGCUCCAAAUAUGACUCUCAAAACUCUUCAAUCACCACUUCGUCUUCGAGCGGUGUUCUCAAGUCUGAAAUCACGCCUGCGACAUACUGCCCUUUCAUCAACAUGAACAAUAAUGAUGAGCUUGCAAAGUUUGGUUUGCACAAUGGCGGGGAUCAGGGCUCAAGCUUGCUCAACGAGAAGUGGGAGGGCCUAGCAAUUGUUCCCGUUGAUGGCAAGGAUGGAGAUGAUGAUUGGUGGUAUGUUAUUGCUGUCAGUGAUAAUGACUUUAUCACUCAGAACGGAACCUACAACUUUGGGAGGGACACCUACGUCGACUCGUCAGGCUACAGCCUUGACAGUCAAGCCUUGGUGUUCAAGGUGAAGCUUCCAGACCAUUCGAGACCCUUUGAUAGGUCUUAG